AUGACCUCAGUAUCAUUAGGGAGGCUUCCUUGUGGGCAAGAAUAUAGUGUUGUGGCAAUUUGGCCCACUUGGUUUUCCAACGCUCUCAAAGAUGAGUUAUGGCUUUGCAAUAAGGUUGCUUGUCUUUAUAAAAGUGUACAUUGGCUUUUAAUUAUUGAUGAGUGUUCUUGUAGCAAGGCCUUUGUUGAAGCCAUGAAAUCUCUGGUCGAAGCUAUAAAAUCUUGCAGAGAAGCUUCAGGGGAGUUAGCAUUUGAGGAAGAUGUUAAACAUUUAAAUCUCUCCUUCGCGUUGGAGUUCAGAUCUGAUCCGAAUAACACCCAUAAUAAUUACUUAGAAGUCCAAGUUAGAGAUCAUGGGUCGUGGAGAAGCUCCCAAACCCACCACCUCAGUCCUAGCACUGGCACAAGCAAUGAAGUUCCUCGAACACAGAAUGAGGUUGCCAAGGAAACACCAAAAAAGCCCGCAGCUGCUUCACCACCACCAGGUGUAGCUAAGGAGAUUCCUGCAGGCAUUCCUGGAAACAAGGCAAACAACUAUUUCCGUGCAGAUGGCCAGAAUUUUGGCAACUUUCUUACGGAUCGACCUACAACAAAGGUUCAUGCCGCACCCGGUGGAGGAUCUUCCCUGGAUUACCUGUUUGGUGGAAGCGAUAAAUAAUGGAUUGGAUGGUAA